GUCAAUUUAUUUUAUUGCCUGAUUGACAGUGUUGAAAAUGGACCGUAAAAUUAUGUGUUGUAUUAUUAACAACGAUGACAAAGGUUUUAUUGAAUUACUGAAUUCCGGCCUAGAUCCUAAUUUUCAAGGUGGAUGGCCUAUCCGAGUAGCAGCCAGACAAGGCUCAUUUUUGAUUGUGAAAGUCUUAGUGCAUUACGGUGCUAAUCCACAUCUAUUAAGUGAAUCUGGCGCAUCUACUCUACAAUUAGCUGUGUAUUCAAAAAAACAUUGGAUUGGCGAUGAUUGGAAUUUUAUACUUUCUUGCUGUGAUUCUUCACAGCUAGCUGAUGGUGCAGCGGUUGCCAUAAUUUUUCAUAAUACCACAGCUUUAGAAAAGAUACUAGAGACUGGUCGAUGUAAUACUAACAUUCCUACCUCAUUAACAGGUAAAACCGUGGAACAGCUUGCUAAGGGCUACAAGUUAAAUCAUUUCCUAAAUCCAUCAAGUGAUUCGCGAAAUGUGACUCCAACCAAUUCACCUGGUGGAGUCAAUUCACAUCGUCGAACGGAAUCACGAAAUUUACUUACACCAAGACAACAACAUAUGCAAAGAAACUUGUCUCCGUCAGUGGCCCAAUUUUUUAAUCAAACCACAAGUCAAACUGCUCUAAUAUCACCCAGAAAUUCACCAAUAGCAGUGUUAUUAUCACCAACAAAUGAACGCAUUUCGACUUAAAAUGUAUUUAAGUAUUGGACAUAUUAAUAAGUAAGGUGGUUUAGAAAACCGCUUUUCCCGCUAUUAAUAACAAAUGAUGACAAAAAUGGUUUAAUUUUACCAGAUUCAAACGAUCACAGGCUUUUUACGCCUUUGACACACAAUAAGUUAACUGGGCUCGGAUUUUAAUAGUAAAACCACAGAAUAAUAAUAAGUACUACGUACAGAAGUUUUACUUCGCGAAGGUUUUUAAAAAAAUGAAUGCUCAAUGUCAUUAACAAUAUGGUGUAAUUUAGCCUGUCUCAAGAGUCAAGCACCAUUUUGUUGACAAACGUCAGUGAUCGGCACUGCGCCGAAGCUAUAGGGCUGACUUCGGUAAAAUGAUGUGCCAAACUGCGGAAAAUGGCGAAGGAAAUACAUGAUUUAGCAUGAAUGAUCAUGAAUAAUAUUAACUACUUAUUUACCCCUCAGUGUCUUGAGGCAACUUAAAAAAGUACAUUCUGUGUUUUUAUUAUUAUUUAGGCAGUUAAAUACUGCACAGUAUUUAUUACACCAUUUUCUUUAUUUUCUUCCAUCAUACACAAGAAUACGCGUGCGUGAGUCAAUGUUCGCUCGUAUAUAUGUGAGGCCUUGUCGAAUAGUAUCCUGUAGGUGGGCCAUCGUGCGUGUUUUGUUUUCGAUGUAAACUCGCGGAGAUGAACAUGCCUGGUAAAACUUUUAUUCGAUAUUAGGUAGGGAUCUACAAACAAUCUACUUGUACAUACUUAAGACCAGGAAUAAUUAAAAGGUGAUUGACAGAAAAUGUAUUAAAUAAAUCGAAUUAAAAUCCAGGUGAAGAACUAACAUCGACCUAUGUACUCUCAACUUGAGUUAUGGCGUUAUAAUAAAGGUAAUAUUUAACUUCUGUAAAUGUAAUGUAAGUGUAUGAAAACUAACUAUUUCAGUAUCUACUCAGAAAACUUAAUUAUUUUGUUAACAUAUUAAGUUAUUUAUAUUUUUGGGUCGGCGUACAAAGGCUAAGCUCUUGAGUUUCUGUAAUUUUUUCACUUGUCAUCUGAAAGAAAUAAUUGAUUUGAAAAUCAAGUUUGGGUUCGUAAGUAUUUGGUCAGAAGUAUAAAUCGGAAGAUUUCACACCCCAACCGCAGAUGGCUAAUUAAGUACCUGCUAAAUUACAAUUGACUUGAACACAAUAUUGACUCUGUCAGUCCGGAUAACCUGUUGGAAAGACUGUAGCCGCCUGCGAUUGUGGUCUGCCGUCUCGACUGCAAACGCACCAUGAAAAGACCAUGGGACGAUAACUUAUUAAUAUGCUUGAUUGUAAUAUUAUUAACGAUUAUAAGUUCAGCUUCAGGGGCCUAAUUAUGUAUUACUUAAUAAUCUUGUACACAAUAAUUAAUAUUGAUACUUCAAUACAAAUAUUAAUAUCAAAGGGA